CCGCUGAUCAGGAGGGGGCUUCCCCCGACUCUUGUCUUUCUGUGGUUUCCUCUCAGAGAAUCUCUUUCCCCCACUUGAGUGCUUGCGGCUUGCAUUGCGCACCAUAUUCACGUUGCAUGCACGACGCCCAGGCUGUGAUCCUUGAUUUGACAUUCUACAGAGAACCGGUUCCUUUAACGGUAUCCUACGUUUCAUUGCAAUCGUACAAGCUGUAGCUCGAAACACACGUGACACAGUUGACGGCGCAUACGUACAUGCAUAACAUUGUCGGGUACCAUGUAGAAGACCUCUCUCUGCCUGCCAGCAUGCGUAGAACUCGCUGCCUACAAGCAGGACUGCGGCGUUGACAGGAUUGAACAAAAUCAAGCUGCGAUUAACAAGUUUCCGGCUUUGUUGGCUCGCUUCAGGAAAGUUGGGGGCCGUGGAGAGAUUGGGGAGCUGAGCUAUCAAGCACUGUGCGCUUGCUGGAUGCAACGGCGGCCAGCAGUCAAAACAGCUGCGACUCAACAGCAAAAGAUGGCUUCCCUAGCCCCGUUCCUCCUCGCCGUCCUGGCCCUUUGCGCCGCCGCCCCCGCCGUCGCAGCCCGCGAGCUCCUCCAAUCAGCUGCGACCAUUUCUCCAAACAUCACGCAGCUCUCCAGAAAUGGGGAAUCGGUUGGCGUGACCUUCACUAACCCAAACCCAAGUGUGAACGAUGCCAUCGCGUUCGUUGUUCCGGAUACCGCGGACUACAAGAAGACCGCCCCACAAAAGAUUAGAUGGGCGAUCGAGUCGGGGCCUGCGGGGCAGUACCUGGCAACCAAGCAAGGGACACUCAAUUUCCCAUCCUGAAUCACCGCCAGUCGUUCAAUUUCAUCUUCGUGACCAACGUCAAGACGAGCGGCUGGCAGGGCAACUUCACGCUGCUCGCGCAGACUGCCCCAUUCCGCUGGCCAACCUUGAUGAGCCGACCGCCAGUCAUAUCAACAUUGGCAAGGACGUGCGACGUGAGUCGAUUAGGACCUUGUCUCGUGAUACGACUUGAUUCUUUGCAUGCCGGAUCUCUGCUACUUUUCCCUUGUUUUGGAGCCGUUCUGCUUCAACUGAUCUUUCUCUCAAGCCCCAGUACGACUUCGGCGAUGUCAAAUUGCGGGAUCGCUUCUUCUGUCCUUCGUCAGUAGGCCUUUCCUAGUCCCGACGGAUCCAGACUUCUGCGUACCGUUUGCUUGCACCACUGGAUUAGAGGGCGGCGUCUCAAGAACCAAAAGGUCAACCUCAUCUCUGCGAGCGCAGCCAGUCGACCUGUUCCAUAAAGUCCUGAAGGAGGUGGUCGAUGUGGCAAAUGCUAAACCAGCCCCUUUGCGCACUGCUUAGUACUCCUUUUAUUAACUCGCAGGCCGUUCGCCGACUUUCCUUAGUCGAACAAGAGCCUCAAAUUUGACCAAGGCUUUCUUUCAGAUUGAGGUCUGUUCGUUGCAGAUCUGUCGUAUUAGCGGAUUGACCGAGCGUUUUCCUGGCGAGCAGUCCCUUGCCUCGUCAUGAGUUCUGCUUUUCGUUUCAUCUUGUCUUCUAAAACCAGGACUCAAAUCGUUCUCAGAACCGAUAUGAAGCGAAGAAAGUACACAGAAUCUCGUGUAAAUGGCAAGGAGGCGAGCACAGUCAAGGAGUCUGGAGGAAGCUUGACGUGAUUCGCCUGAAACGUCA